AGGUUUCCUUUCCACCACCGCUACUCCGCUAGGUUCAGCAGCGGCACCAGUCGGCUGAGCGGAUCUCCGGUGAGGUUGAGGGAUCAGGGAUGGCGAACGGCGGCGGCUACGUGUGGGCCCUUGCGGCGGGCUUCAACGCCGCGCUCGCCGCCAUCUCCGCCAAAUUCAUCGCCACUCUGCCGCUCAAAUAUGGCACGGUGAUACUUUUCAACGUGACAAUGUGGGGGUGCUACGUCAACAGCCUCAAAGCUUUGUCGUCCCUCCAGGCAACAGUCACAAACUUCGCCGCCAACUUCCUCUCGUCUGGGCUUGCAGGGUAUUUCCUGUUCGAGGAGCCGCUGCCUUCUAAGUGGUUUGCAGGUGCCAGCCUCAUCAUUCUUGGCGUCUUCAUCCUCAGCAAGUCCAGCAUCGAGGAGAAACAGAACACGGAUUAGGUGGAAAAGUUUUGACCGCUAGUGUUAGCUGUAACAUAUACGUACUCCGCAUAAGCUGAGCCAUGGGAUGUUUUGUCCGUCCAUGUAGCCGAAUCAGAGCAUGACUGUCAUUCGGCUAAUACAAUGUAGUGUAGCAAACAUGUUGUGCGAGUUGUCACGCCAGGACAUUUGACAUUUCCCAUGGUGCUACUGGUACAUCGAGAAUCAUCGCUGUAAUUGUA